ACAGCUGAACAACACAGAUUAUAUUCAAAAACCAAUCACUCAGCAGACUGCAUGCUAUAGUACAAGAGCACAGCAACUUUUCAGAGAGAGAUUGGUGCACUGCUGGCAAGGCUGACUCAAAGAUACAGCCUUCUCAUCGUUAUGGAAGCAGUGAUCAAUAGGCAAUGUACAUGGUAAGAAGAUGCACAUGUGACCGUGCUCUCAAGGACUUUUUUCAGAAUUCAUCAUUGAGUGGUUCAAUGAGAUUUAUAUGCGUAGUGAUGGAGAGUUCAGUGUAAUCCCAGAUGCAGGCAGGCCAGAUGGUGAGGAUACAAUCCAAUUAUAUUCAUAUUUGACGAAUUCAUACAUGUCUCAAGCGCCACUCUACAUCGUGGCAUAUUAGCAGAGGAAAAUGAUUGUAUGCCAGCCCAAUAGAUGUCAUCUAAGAAGAUUGAGGAUGACAAAAGUGAACUCCUAUUCCUAAUCAAAAUUACAGGAAACACACCACCAGCAACUUAGAAGAGAUUUUCAGCAACGACGUUAUAACUUACUCUGUAAUGAAAUAUUUGUAGGAUGGGAUAAGGAAUAUCAAUAUACUGAACACAACAAUAUUAGAAGGAAUGUGUCACCGACCCUCACCACGGUGCCUGCGUCUGUGUCUAGUUGGAGGACUGGUGCUUGGAAUAACACUAUUUGCAUUUGGUGCUUUUGACGAUAUUCUCUAUUUAAAUGGAAUAUAUCAAGUCACUCCUUUGAAAUGUGACAACUGCUUUCCACUUACUUUUAAACAUGUGAUGCGGACCACAGACGCCUGUGUCAUUCAGGAGGACACAUUUUUAAUCAUAAUUGUUUUCAGCAAACCAUCCGAUUUCAAAGGGCGAGAGAACAUCCGCAAAACAUGGGCAAGAGUAAAACAUAUCAAGAAUAAGUCGAUACAGACUGUAUUCUUGCUUGGUUUGAACAAUAAUGGCAAAAAUAUAGAUGGAAAAUUGAAAGAUGAGCAUAAACGCCACAACGAUCUAGUCCAAGCAGACUUCAUAGAUGACUAUCGUAAUCUGACAAGAAAAUCAUUGAUGGGAUUGCGUUGGGUACAGGAGUUCUGUCGUGGUGCUAAAUUCGUUCUAAAAACUGAUUCGGACUGUUUCGUGAACGUGCACAAGUUAGUGGGAUUCUUGGAAACCAUCCCAGAGAAUGAGGAUUUUGUUGGGGGAUACUGCUUCAGGGGUAGACGAAUCAGUACAGGGAAAUGGGCAACAAGUGAGGCAGAAUACCCAUACGCAUUUUACCCAACGUACUGUAUUGGGUUAGGGUAUGUGAUCUCACUGAAAACUGCCACUAGUAUCAUUAAAGUAGCUCACAAUGUUCCGUCAUUCUGGAUUGAGGAUAUUUUCAUCACCGGGAUGUGUGCUAACCUUCUUCAGUUGCCUCAUACCCAUAUAAGUGGGUUUAUAGAGAGCAGUAUUCAUGACGUGGAUGAAUGUGACAUACGGACAGAUGUUAAAGUUAUACAUCAGUGCAAACAUCAUUCCAUGGAGGCAUUAUGGAAUAUAACCGAAAAUGAAAACCAGUCUGGUGCAAAAUAUCCAGUUUCCUGUUUAUAUCGACUGGGUUUGCGUUGUUUCUUUAUCUUACUCAUAUCAAUGUUUAUAUUUUCUUUAGGAUACGUCUAUGCAAACAAAAGGAAACAAAACAACAAAAGUUCAUUAUUGCAUCAGACUUAACAGAACUUGGUCACCUUUGCCCUUCACAAAAUAAGCUAACACUUGUCUUGGACACAAUAAUAGGACCCUGGUGCUUGGUUCUACCACCAAAAAAACAUGGAUAACCAAUGUUGCUUUCAAGAGAAAAAUGCCUGGUCCGAGAGAUUUUUAACAUGUUUAAAAAGACCCAAAACAGAAAUUGUCUGUUCCUGAAGGUACCCCCUAUAUAUGGACUAUAAUUAAUACUUCUUUAAAACCCUAAAAUUGAAUUAUGAAUUGAAUUAUGAGAUUAUGAUAAAAUGUAGCGCCAUGCUGGGAAGUACAUAUUUGUUAGACACAUAUGUACAAAGGGUAGGAAUGGUAUUGGUAUAACCUAGAGAAAUCAAGCCACUUUCUAUUAAAGGUAUACAGCGUCACUGACACUCUUUUCUAUUUUUACACACACACAACGAAAGCGGCAGGCAUGCUGCAAGAUGCUGUAAAGCAAUAAAUCCUCAGGUAGUGAGGUAAAAACAACAACCAAAGGAGGAAAGCAUGGUAUAAAGGCUUUGGAAGUGGUUCCAUGCUUUUGCAUUGCAUGAUGUAAACACCAUCACACAGUAGAACGACUUGUUCAUUUACUUUCACAAUGCAAGUGUAUUCGUGAUUUUCCUUCAGCACAUGCAGAUCAGUGUUUUUUCUAGCUUAGACUUGUCAAACACAGAGGUGGGUGCCUGGUGGGAGGGCUAAUUCCGUGACAUUAGACAUUUGAGUAGUCAAGUCAAAACACUGGAAAUACCUACUCAAAGACCUACUCCGACAGAAAACGUCAUUGUAAAGUAGCAUUUUUUCAUCUACUACAUGUACAUGUAUAAGGAAUGUGUUUAUCUUUUUCUCGAUUAAAAUGUUAAAUAAACAUUGUUUUUUGUUAUGUGAAAA